AUGGUGAGUCUGAGAGAACUAAUGGAGAUAAGAAAUGUAAAGAAAAUGCCAGGAUCUAGUUGGAUAAGAAAAUGUCUCAAAGGUGUACGCUGGCCUGAGAAUUUGGACAUAGAUCCAAAGGGCUGGAACAUGCCUCCUAAACAAAACCAAUUGAAAAUUGCAAUUAGAAGCAGAACCUCAUUUUCCAAGUUUAUCAAGUAUCCUGACCUCCUAGAAUCGGCUUUUGAUCGUUCAUAUUUUUAUCCUCCUGUGAAUGAGAUCAUUGAACAAUGUGGAAAAGUCCAUUUGCUCAACCGAUUGUUGGAACGGCUAUUUGCACGAAAUCACAAAGUUCUGAUCUUCAGUCAGUGGACUAGAGUGUUGGAUAUAAUGGAUUAUUAUUUCAGUGAAAAAGGCUUCGAAGUUUGCAGGAUUGAUGGUUCAGUGAAACUGGAGGAUAGGAAACGGCAGGUAUGUACCAAUGCAUGGAUAACACCACUCUGAUAAGAUAAUUAGUUUUUUUUUUCUUUCUGAUCUGUGCUUUUGUUAUUGUGUUUUGCUUUAGGUUUAAAUAAGAUAAUUAGUUUAUAAUGCAUAACCCUUCAUGAUCUUC